AGGCAUUGGGUCUUGGAAUGACCUUAAAUUUUACUUUCAUCAUCGUGAUCUUUUGAUCUGUUUGAUUGUUCUUUUUGUCUGAUCAGAAAGUACCUUGUCAUAUAGUAGAUACUAAGAUAUCUUCAUAGGUUUCACGUUAGUGACCAACAUGGACCAAGUUAGUCUAGAUAACAUCAUUCAUUAUCUCCAAUACCCGAACUGAACGCUUCCCAUAAUUUCAACUCUGACUCCUCCCAAUCUUCAACCUCUCCUAUCAAGUCCAAUCACACCAUCCUCAUUUCCAUCGUCCCCACCAUCUUACUUAGUCAACAAAUGAAUACCCGUCGCCUGCUCACUACCGCAUCCAAGACCCUCAACGUCUCUUUGUCAACCUCAACUUCAACCUCAACCUCAACCUCACACUCAAACUCCUUCACUCCCCUCUUUCGUCCCCUCUUUCGUCCCCUCUUUCGUCCCCUCUUCACUCGUCGUACAAUGGCUUCUGCUGCGGCCAAACGUCUCACUGGCAAGACAAUUCUUGUCACUGGUGCAUCCUCCGGCAUCGGCCGCUCCACGGCUCUCGAGUUCGCUCGGACUGCCCCCAAGAAUGAUCUUCGUCUCAUCCUCACCGCACGCCGUGUUGAUUCCCUCAAGGAACUCGCUCAAGAAAUCAAGAAGGAGGUCGGCGAUGGCGUCAAGGUCCUGCCGUUCAAGCUCGACGUGAGCAGCCCUGCUGAGGUUAAGGGUAUCGUCGGCAACUUGCCCGAGGAGUGGAGGAACAUUGACGUGCUUGUCAACAAUGCAGGCCUUGUCAAGGGUGUUGCUCGUGCCCCUGAAAUUGCUGAGGAAGACAUUAACGUUAUGUUCCAAACAAACGUCACAGGGCUCAUCAACAUGACCCAGGCUAUCCUUCCCAUCUUCCUGGCCCGACCAGACGGUGGUCACGGUGAUAUCAUCAACGUCGGCUCCAUUGCUGGCCGAGAGCCUUACCCUGGCGGUGGCAUUUACUGCGCUACAAAGGCCGCAGUUCGCAGCUUCACUGACAGCUUGCGAAAGGAGCUCAUUGCCAGUCGUGUCCGUGUUAUUGAGAUUGAUCCCGGCCAGGUCGAAACUGAGUUCUCCGUGGUGCGAUUCUAUGGCGACAAGGAAAAGGCCGAUGCUGUCUAUGCCGGAUGCGAACCUCUCACCCCCGACGACAUUGCUGAGAUCAUCGUGUUUACCGCAACUCGCCGAGAGAACGUCGUUGUUGCUGACACGCUAGUAUUCCCCAGUCAUCAGGCUGGUGCUGGUAUUAUGCACCGAAAGACUUAGACAGUCGACAGUGAACAUGAUAAACAGUCCUCGAGACAGAGUUUCAAACGAACAGAUGUUGCAAUUACUAUGUAUGAACUGUAUUAAACAGGAUUCUUAGCUAUAGAUAAGGUGGAUCUGGUGACUUGAACAGCAAUAUUCAAUACAAACUGCUAUCAAGGGCAUCCUAUUAAAUAAUGUUCGGAAAUUUCUCUUGCCCACAACUCAUUUGUCCCCGAAGAGACACGAAUCCUUGACUGGUUCUAAGUUGCAGGCCUUCUAAGGCCGAGAGA